UACAAUGACGGCCUAACCCGGACGAUGCUGGGUCAAUGGUGCGCCUCCCUAUGGGACUCCCAAUCACGGCCGGAUGUGACACAGCCUGGUUAAAGAAGCCUUGUCAGAGCUGUGAUGUGAUUUACGUCUAUACUUCAAGUUUACACCAUAUAGCCUCCAGCCUAAUGUCAGUUUCAGGUGGAUGGUCAGAGAGCCACAGCCUACAUGAGUUUGAUUAGUAAUAAUGGGUUGUGUUGUGCAUUUAUGGAACCCUUAUGUAGACUACAGGUUUGGAAUGAGAGAGAAUACAGAUUCCUGCUGGGCCUUUAAUGAAAACACUUAACCUGAAUAGCAAUAGCACAGUUUUUCUCUUAAGCUUUUCUAGGUAGGCAGGCUUCCUGUGUGGAUUAAGACACCUUGGAUCUGGUGUGGGAUAUGGCUUAGAAAAUGUAUGUCAAUGUAAGGAUGAGAAAUGCGUUGUAUUCCGAAUGAUCCCAUUAUCCCAACUGUUACACCGAGAAGAUGUAACGGCUGCUAGCUGUCUAAUGUAACGAUACCAAACAUAACAUCAUACUAAUUUUUGUGUCUUGGAUUUACGUUUACUAUGUUACGUCUAGUCUAUGAUGACAGCUUGUCGACAGCGCACUUGCUGCUCUGUUCCAUCCUGGCAUUCCAGAGUGGUGGCAUGGAGGACAGCACGCUCGCGCAGGUUUCCAGGAACGGGCACACACAAGGCGGCACUUCUGAAUGUAGCUAACAUUGGAUUUGUUGUGUUUGUUCCUUAUUUAAUUUUUCCUCAUUUUCUUUGAUUAGUCUAUUACUUUUUUACUUGAACCAAAUCGCCAUGGCUUGGCCGUGCAUAAGCAGAGUGUGCUGUCUGGCUCGGUUUUGGAACCAGUUUGAUAAAUCCGAUCUUUCAUUGCCACUGACCAUCCAGAAUUACUCAGACAUCGCCGACCAAGAGGUGCGAUCCGUCACCAGGCAGGUGCCGACGGACCGGGUUCUGACGCACACCUAUUCUAGUCCGGACCACGGCGGAUCCCCCCAAACACCGGGAGAUGCCCCGGGCACCCGGAGAUCAUUGAGAGGCCGGAGGGAAGCAAACUUCAAACCCCGGGAGGACUACCACCGACCCGGCGUGCCGUUCUCGAGUGUCACCCAGUACAAGCAGGAUUACAAACCCUGGCCUAUUCCGAAGAAGGAGCAUUUCCCCUGGAUUAGCAAUUGUGGAAAAGGGGGCACCGUUGGUUCGGAUAGCCCAGUAAACAGUUACCCCAAUGCGAGCGAGACGAGAGGGGAGACGGGGGAGAGAGAGGAGCUGGGCAUGAGGUGGGGGGAGCAGGGGACCGGAACAGCUCAAAGCUCUUACAGACAGGAGUACCGGCCUUGGACAGGGGCAAGACCGGCCAAGACCACUAGGAAACAACGCCCCCCUGCCCCGUACGCCAGCCCCCGGUCGGGGGUCUCCCACCUCCCCAAUGAGACCAGCUACCAGGCCGCCUACAGCGGAGCCGGGGAGGCUUUCAGACACACAGAGCUUCACCAGAGGGACCACAAUACCACCACCUCCACCGCUGGGCUGCAGGCCACCAUCUCCACUGUCCCCAAGGCCCCUGUAACCCUACUCCAGCCUUCCUCCACCACAACCACCCCUAUCAUCAGCACCGGCCUCCAGCAGAGCUGCCUGCCAGAGAGACCCAACCUCAGUAUAGGAACCAUGGGAGAGGAGCAGUUGGUGAGGACCAAGCUCUCUCCCAACCCCUCUGCAGUGUUUCAAAGCAGAUCUAGGAUCUUCAACAUAUGACAGACGUUCCAAACUAUUCUACUGGUUACCGGGAGACCAAAGAACCAAUGAGGGGAAUGUUCUCUGUCCAUUCCACACUACAACAAAAUCUAUGCAGGGAAUGUACAGCUUAAUGUAACCAGAAAGGAAAAAACCCUGUACAGCUUAACAGUGAAGUGAAUGACAAACCAGAUGUCACAAAACAAUUUUACAAUCCUGUUCUAUUGCUAUGAAAAUCGUAUAUAUGCAUGUAACACGCUAGUUUGAAGUCGAGCUUCUUUUGCAGUAUUAGACACUCCAAGACAACAUGGCUGCUCUGUAAUGUGUGUUUGUGUGUACUGUAUGUAUAUGUAUGUGCACCUGUUGAGAUGGAAUGAUUUGUGUUUGAUCUUUUCCUGUAUAUACUGUUGGAUCUAUUGAAAUGACAAGGAGACGACUUUUUGUGAAAUUUAUGCUCAAACUGCACUUAGUCCAGAAAGUAAGGUGUUCCUUCGAUCUCUGCAAGUAUUUUAUGAACAGAAACAAAAACAUAUAUUCAUACAUUUUUAUUCAAUUAGGUAACUAUUUUGAGAAAGUAAUUGUGCCGGUGUUUACGUUCAUUUUGUAAAUCUGUUUAAGAAACAAAAAACUGUUAAAUAUUAAAUGAUGUACAGUAUAUUACAAUAAAAGAAUAUCAGGUUCUUAACACUAUCA